GCAGGCCACCAUGACCUUGAAAAAUCAGGAAAGGCAUCAACCAAAUUCAUAAGUGACAACUUAGAACUAAAACUUAAGAUGCAUGAUUUUCUUAAUGCAUUUACUAUGCCUGUAUUAGUUCUCCUUUCCAUCUUUGAUAAAUAAUUAAAUACCUGAAUAUGCCAUACCUGGACAGCUCACAUAUACAGAAUCAGAAUUGUUACACGUCCACUAAGCAAAUCUCUUGGCUUAUCAUUAUCUAAUUAAAUCCUUUGUCACACUUUAACUUAAUGGAUGCCUAUACUAAUAAAAACCUUUACCAGUGUUCUGGUUAGUGGCUUUGAGUGGUGUUACCCCAGUUUUCAUCCUGUAGCAUAAGAGUGAAGCCAUGUCAGUGAGCGGAAACACCUUAAGAUGUUCCAUGAUGUCCUCGUCAGGGCAAGCUUAAAUAGACUGUGUCGUUCUUGAGGGUCACAUUGCGGGUGACGACCGAGCUGGAAAAUGAAGUCGCUUCUAUGCUGUUUCACUGCUGUAUUGCUGCUGUGGCUUCUGGUCUUCUCAAUUGCAUCGCAAGGUGUGUUUCACACAUUCUUACCAGUGCUUGGUCAGAUAAAUCCUUGUAUGAUUAUUGGAUUCAUUAUUUAUAAUGAUAAGCAUUUUAGUAAGGUCUUUUGUUCACUUGUGAUAGUUUCAAAAUACCGAAACACUAAUAUCUUGCUUUUAUCUCCAAUAGAGACUAUUAUCAGCACAAGCUGCCUAACUACUACAGAUACUAAAGUUCUUCAGAGGCUUCUGCACAGUUACACCAUCCAGCGCAAACCCUUGUUCUCUGUGAAGGCUGUGAGAUUUCGCACAAUCAAAGGCACCACCAUCUGCUCAGAUCCCUCUUCACCGUGGGCCAUAAAAUCUAUGAAGUACCUGGAUGGAAAGAUGAAAUCUCGUAAAGGCUCGAACACCACAGCUCGUCAUUCUAUCACAAUGGUCCCUGUGCAUUUGACAACCACCAAUAUGACAUCAGCUCAGAUUUAACACAUUUAAAUUAAUUUUUGAAUGAAAAUUAAGGGUAUAAUUGACCAGAAUCAUUUUGAUUUUUUGUUGUUGUUUUUUUUUUUUUUUAGGAAAGUGCACUUUAUUGCAAGUUGUGAUGUAAA